GUCUAGCGAGCGGGGACGUAGUCAUAGUUCUCUUCAGUAGCUUCGUUUGCGUUUGCGUCAAAACGCGUUUUCGUUCAGUCCAGCACUUACUUCAGUCCGCUUCGCGCCUUCUAACCGGAUAGACGUGUGCGCGCUAACACGUAUUUAAAAUAUUUGUUUAUUUACAGUUAUUGGUUACUUACUAUUAAUGAUAUUGCAUUCCUUAUUAAUUUAGUUACUACAUUAUACUGAGUGAUUUGCAACGUGUUCGAAAUAGAUAAUCAAACUUCAUGAACUGUGAUCGUGUUUUCAACCGUUUUGAACAAUAAUAAACGGUAAACAUAAUCUGUGAGACGGGUCGAAAUGAGCGGAUUGACCAUCAGAGUUAAAAGAGGAUCGAGGGGUAGUGCUACUCUUCUUGAAGCAGCAAACAGAAUUUUGCGUCUGCUUGGCGUUAGUUCGACGAAGCGCGGGAAACAGCCCUCACCAAAAUCUAAGAAGAACGGCCGGCCGACGAACGAGGCGCGAGCCCCCAUUGCUGCCGUGGAGUGUGUGAUUGAUUCUCCGAUCAAGAUGCAAGCAUCGCCAGCUCCGCCGGUGGCCGCGCCUGCACCCGCCGCGUCCCCAGCCGCGAGUCAGUCAGUCAGACCCACCAAGAGAACAGCUAAAGACUACAUAUUCGGCAAAUUAAUUGGAGAUGGCAUGUUUAGCACAGUGUUCCGAGCGAAAGACAUACACACAGGAAAGGAAUAUGCAAUUAAAGUGUGCGAAAAACUGCAUAUUAUCCGGAAAAAGAAGAGGGAAUACAUAAAACGAGAGAAAGAUGCAUUGAAUAUGCUGUUCAACGUUCCACAUGGUUUUGUAAAAUUAUAUUGCACUUUCCAAGAUGAAGAGAGAUUAUAUUUUGUUUUGUCCUAUGCGAAGAACGGCGAGCUCCUGGCAAAAAUUAACGAAGUUGGUUCUUUUGAAAUAAAUGUAGCAAAAUAUUAUGCCGCUGAAUUAUUAUUGGCGCUAGAAAAAAUGCAUGCGAAAGGAAUCAUUCACCGUGAUUUGAAACCAGAAAAUAUAUUGUUAGAUGAAAAUAUGCAUUUGAGGAUUGCUGAUUUUGGCACCGCAAAAAUUAUGGAUCCAGAAGAAAUUAGAACAGCACAAACUGUUCCAGAAGAUAAUGAGAACGAUGAACGUACGCGCAAAAUAAGUUUUGUGGGUACACCUCAAUAUGUAAGUCCUGAAUUGUUGCACAAUUGUGUGGACACCCGUACAUCCGACUUGUGGGCUUUCGGCUGUAUUAUUUACCAGAUGAUAUCAGGAUUACCCCCAUUUAGGGCAGCUACAGAGUUUCUAAUAUUCCAGAAAAUAUUGAAAUUGGAAUAUGAAUUCCCGGAAGGAUUCCCAGCUGAUGCUAAAGAUCUUGUUGAAAAAUUAUUAGUCUUAGACCAUAGUAAGAGAAUCGGAGCUGACGACUCUGGAGAUACCUAUCAAAGUAUUCGAAGUCAUCCGUUUUUUGCGGGGAUAGAUUGGGACAAUCUAUUAGACCAAACUCCACCCACAAUCAGCCCAUAUUUACCGGGCGGUUCAUUUGAAGAGGAGUACAAUAUACCCGAUCAUCUAGAACCAGGAUUGGACAACAAACAGCUGUUACGCCUGUGGGAGUUCGAUUUGAAUACAUCAAAAGGUAUUCUGGAUAUUAGUCCUGAAGAAAAGCGCCGUCGACUUGAAAUUCAAGCACGAGAAAAUAAAUGGCACCAGUUUGUGGACGGUGAACUGAUUUUAAAACAAGGACAAGUUGACAAAAGAAAGGGACUGUUCCCACGGCGCCGCAUGCUGCUGCUGACUACGGGCCCGCGGCUCUUCUACGUAGAUCCUGUCAAUAUGGUGCUCAAGGGGGAAAUCCCGUGGUCGUCUGAACUGCGCGUCGAAGCAAAGAACUUUAGAAUAUUUUUAGUGCACACUCCAAAUCGUACAUAUUACUUGGAAGACCCAGACUCGUAUGCCCUGGAAUGGACGCGCGUGAUCGACGAGGUCCGCAUCGCGACGUAUGUGCGGGACACGACCUAGGCGGCGGCGGCGAGCGCCCGACCCCGCUCCCGGCUGCGGCCCGCACGCCCCGUGCUCACUUCUAGGAUACAAUAACCUUCAUAAAGCACGACCACGAUGACCGACCUCGUGUGACGACCGGCAUCCUCAGCUCGGCUCGGCCGCCGCCCGCCUGACGCUUCCCACGGAGGAUGUUUUACGAGACGACAUCGGCUAAAGAUCGAGCGCUGUUGACAAUGAAUGACUGAUUCCUAUUAUUAUAGUGUAUACAUAGUAUGUCCCGACUAUCUUAAAUUAUUUUUCUUAUUUAAGUUCUUAUUUAAAUGAGGAUUAUCGGUGAUGUGUAAAUAUUUGUCUUAAAUUAUUAUUAUUAUUGCAAUCGCUUAGAUUUAGUAUAAUGUGUAAUCGUGGGCCGUUGUAACUUAUAUGGGCCUUUGUAAGAAUGGACUUGUUAUUCACCACCUGCGUGUUCACGAAGCCCGUUCCGGUUGGUAUAGGCAAUUGAUAGCUAAAUUAAAUAUUAUUUAUUUUAAUUAUUUGCCAACGGAAUGUGACUGCUGUACAGUAAUAACAGUAGGAAAUUACAGAUUGGUCGUUUCCAUAGACUACACUACUAAUGCCUCUAACAAACUAGAUAUAAUGAGGUUUUAUUUAGGGAAUGAUAUGAUAUAUUAAACUGUAUAAUUGAAUUUGUGUGGGCUAAUAUCCUACAGAUGCUAUGUUAUGAUGGCAGGUUGCGUAGAAAUGGAAACUUCCGAUGACAGAAGGAUAGCUUCUCAAAAGAGGCGGGCGCGAACGCAAGCAGAGGCUGUGCUCGCUGUCUGCCUCUUUGCUUUUUUAAUGUGCUGCAAAUGCACUAUAAUCCUAACUUAGAAAUGGUAUACGGAAUACACCACCAAAGGUGAAUUGCUAUUGGAAUGCGUGAUUAAUUUAUCCAAAUUACGUAAUUGUUAAUUUAGAAGUCGGAAUCGCUUAUGGUAUACAUACAUGAUACUAAAUUUGUGUUAAAAUAAUUAUUUUGUGUCGUUAAUAAUGGACAGUGAUUUUAAAGCCAUAGGCAGGGCUCGGCUAUGGGUAUAUUUUACGAAACGUUUUCGAUAAAUAAUAUGUUUUCGUUUAAUAAUAAAAUGUGUUUUCUAGAAUUUGCAUAGUUGCAUUUUUUGUGAGACGAACUUUGAACAAUUUUAAACAGCUUUUUUGAAAAAUGUCCGAUUUCGUUUUUGUUGCGAAUCGAACUGCAAGAAAAAACGUUUUGAAAACGUAAUUUUAAAUAACGUAUUCAAGCCCUGACCAUAGAAAUGGAAUGUUCAAUGUCAUGGCAUUAAGUCAUAGGAACUAAUUAUAUUCUUAACAAAAUUUUAUUGUUAUGAUUAUAGCAUGUUUGUAAUAGUUGUAUUGAAAUGCCUAAAACUUGCCUGGACUAUUUAAAAUUAGGGCUUAUUGUAAAUUUGGAUUAAAAAUCCUAGUUCAAUAUAAAACCCUCGUAGUAAAAUAUAGAAUACUUGUAGAAAUUCAGCUUGUAAUGUAUCAAGAAAUGUUCUUUUAGCAAUUAAAAUUGAUAAUCAAAACCACAGAUCGAACAAUAAUUGUAGACAAUUUGACUACUCCAUGACAUUGUUUUAUUAAUAAUUAAUCUGCAUUUAAAAUUUAAUAACUGUUGUCUAUUGUAAUAAUAUUUUACAACAUUUGUAUUGCGAAAAUUCCAUAGUAACAAUAUAAGAAAUUGCAAAUAAAUUGAAGUUGAUUUUUUC